GUUGUUCUUUUUUCCAAGAAAAAGUGUAAUCAUGCCACCAAAAAGAAACGUUGGGAAGGCUACCCAGACUUUACAGAUUGGGCUUGGUGAAGGUAGUCCAGCACACUCAGAAGGAGAGAAUGAGCCAAUCAUUCCACCACCAUUGUCACCAAUACUUGAGGAGCACUCUUUUGUCAAUCCAACCUUCAACAAGGAUAGUGAAUCUGGAGAUGAUGUUGCUCAAUCUGGUGACUCCUUUAUGAAAACUGUGUUGGAACAGAUUAGCAUCAUGAGGCGCACACAGUUGGAAUCUAAGAAAAGAGCUCAACAAAGAAGCCAAGAGGUUGCUAGACAGUUGGAUGAGUCUUUUCAGAAUCUGGCUCAAAAUUUGGCCCAAAGUGUAGCUCAAAGUGUAGUUGACAUGCGACGCUCCAAUGAAGAAAGUGCCAGAAUCUGGCGCAAGCAAAAUGCAGAAAAUUGGAGAGCUUUCCAAGCUGAAACAGAACAAAUUUUUACCACAGUGAGCCAGAAGUGUCCAUGGCAGAUUUAUCUCGUCUGGUGCAAUGACCUGAAGAAACAUCUGAGGCCUUUCUUGCCAGAUUUUGGAAGGCCAGACUUAAGUGCAGAGUUGCCCUGCCAGAACAGGAAUUUGUCAAGCUGGCACAAAAUGGUGGCUCAUUAUGAAAAUUUAUUGCGAGAAGAUACACAAAGGAAAUCUGCAUCUCAUGGGACUAACUAUGGUGAUGCUAACUUUGAUCUGGAUGUGGCAGAAGUGGUGGCAGACAAACCAGUUGAUAAAAUCGACAAGGGAAUUCUGCGUUUUCCAGAUAAGGCCAAAGAAACUAUGGGAGUCGAUGCAGAUCCGUUCCCUAGCAUAUCUGAUGGGGUGAAUGUAGCAGAUCUCAGGAGCAUUGCCAGAGACAAAACUCUGUCAUAUACUAGGCGCAGACUUGCAGCUGAUGAUCUGAGGUGGGUCAUUGAGGAGGCAAGGGCCCGCAGAAAUCAAGUCAGAUUAGGCUCAUACCGAAGGAGACAGCCUUGGGGGCAUAACCCAACUCAACAGAAAAAUAAUGCAAAUCAGGGAACUACGAUAUUUGGACGUGCAGAAAAGCCUAGGAUGGUGAAACCACCACUCAGAUCUCCAAGCAAACGGUGGGAACGUGUGGUGCACCCAAAAUUCCCUAAGGGUCAGAAUCCAAGGACCUUUAAGGAGGCACUUACAAUAACUGAGGUUGUGAUAGCAUAUGACAAGCCUUUUGUGGCAAAUACCAAUGCAGUGGAAGCUCGUUAUUAUGAUGAAGAUCGUUAUUAUGAUGAAGAUAUUGGAACUAUCCAUUUCUUUGGGAUGGACCGUUAUGGCAAACCUUCUAGAAUUACUGCUUGCACCAGAUCUGCAUUGGACAGACAUAAUGUGAAGGAAGUUUGUGAUGAACUUCUUUGGCCUACAGCAAUUGCAGAAGUACAAGAUCCCCUAGAGGAGGUAAAUCUGGGUACUGAGGCAGAUCCGAAAAUUACUUUCAUUAGCAGUUCUCUUGAGUCGUGUUUGCAUGAUAAAAUCAUUAAUAUCUUGCAUGAAUACAAGGAUUGUUUUGCUUGGGAUUAUUCUAAAAUGCCAAGUCUGGACAGAAAUCUGGUGGAGCACAGAUUACCCAUUAGAAAAGACUUUAAGCCUUUCAAACAGCCGCCCAGACGAAUGUCUCCAGAAGUCACUUUGAAAGUAAAGGAAGAAAUAGAGCAGCUGUUAAAGGUUGGUUUCAUCAGAACCUCUAGAUAUGAGGAGUGGUCAUCUAACGUGGUCCCCGUGAUUAAAAAGAAUGGCAAGCUAAGGAUAUGUGUGAACUUCAGAAAUCUGAAUCUGGCAACACCAAAAGAUGAAUAUCCUAUACCUAUUGCAUAUUUGCUGGUGGAUGGCGCAGCACGCCAUCGAAUUCUGUCAUUUAUGGACGGCCACAGUGGGUAUAACCAGAUUUUUAUAACAGAAGAAGACAUCCCAAAGACCGCUUUUCGCUGCCCAGGAGCUAUUGGUACGUAUGAAUGGGUAGUAAUGCCAUUUGGUUUAAAAAAUGCAGGUGCAACUUAUCAAAGAGCCAUGAAUGCCAUCUUUCAUGACAUGAUUGACCGUUUUAUGGAAAUUUAUAUUGAUGAUGUGGUUGUGAAGUCUAAUGAGGUUGAGGAGCAUCUGGUGCAUUUAAAGCUGGCUUUCGAAAGAAUGAGGAAGCAUGGUCUGAAGAUGAAUCCUUUAAAAUGUGCAUUUGGCGUUUCUGCUAGGAAUUUUCUAGGAUAUCUGGCGCAUGAGCGAGGUCUGGAAGUAGAUCAGAACAACGCAAGAGCUGUUAUUGAGGCACAGCCGCCAAGAAAUAAGAAAGAAUUACAAAGAUUCCUUGGGCACGUAAAUUUCUUGAGACGUUUCAUUUCAAAUCUGGCAGGAAAGACAAGAGUUUUUUUGCCACUACUGAAGCUGAAAUCAGAAGCAGAUUUCAAGUGGAGGAAACACCACCAGAUCGCCUUGGAAGAAAUAAAGCAUUAUUUAUCAAAGCCGCCGGUCUUAGUGCCUCCUUUAAGAGGCAAACCUUUGAUUUUGUACAUAUCUAUCGUAGAUGAGUUUGUUGGUUGUCUGCUGGCUCAAGAAAAUAAAUUCAACCUGAAAUACAUGCCUCAAAAAGCUGUCAAGGGGCAGGUCUUGGCAGAUUUCCUAGCAGAUCAUCCGUGCCUGAAAGUAGAAGCGGAUGAGGAAAAAGGAAUUGUUAUUAUUUUUCCAAUUGGUUUGAAAACCCAGAUGUCAUUUCAGUUGGAUUUUGAUUGCACCAACAAUCAAGCUGAAUAUGAGGCGUUGAUUAUUGGGUUGAAAGUGUUGGUAGAACUCAAGAAAGUUCCAACAUCAGAACUCCAUCCAAUUAUCAAACCAUGGCCAUUUCGAGGAUGGACCAUAGAUCUGAUUGGUAAAGUUUACGCUCCUUCAACCAGAAGGCAUUCUUUUAUUAUUGUUGCUACAGAUUAUUUUACCAAAUGGGUGGAAGCAAAGCCAAUGAAGAAGGUUGACAAGACCAAUAUCAUUAAAUUUCUUAAGGAAGAUAUCAUUCACAGAUUCCGUCUGCCAGAAACAGUAACAUCAAAUCAGGGGAUAGUUUUUGUUGGUGCACAAGUUGAGGCGUUUACAAAAGAAAUGGGUUUUCGAUUACUCACUUCAACCCCUCAUUAUGCUCAAGCCAAUGGUCAAGCUAAUGGUCAAGCUAAAGCUUCCAACAAAAUUGUGAUAAAUCUGCUCGAAAAAAUGGUUGAUAAUAAUCCAAGGCGUUAGCAUGAGCUGUUAUCUAACAUAAUCUGGGCUUACAGAACUUCACAAAGGAGUUCUACCAAGGUAACUCCUUUCUCUUUAACUUAUGGACAUGAUGUUGUUCUACCCAUGGAGUUGUCUGCCAGAUCAUUGCGUAUAGCGAUUCAAAAUGGUCUCACUUCUGGAGAAUAUAAUGAGGCAAUGAUU